CGUUGAAGUUGCUUAUUGUAAGCGGUGUUUGUUUGACAGGUAAGUGGCUAGUUUCAGUAAAAUUAAAAAUUUUCUAUUACCUAGGUUUGGCAGUUUUGGUACAUUUCAAAUUCAUGUUGGCAUUAGCACCACAGAAGAAAAAAUUUACUUGGAAGGAAAGGUGGUUACUUUCAAGGAGAAUCAUGAAACUAGAGCAUGAUUUACCAUGAACCAUUUGGGAACCAACUUGUUAGCUGCCUUAUAGCUAUCAUCCUUCUGAUGAAAUAACAGCAUUACAGCUGUUAGUUACGUCAAGACAUUAAUCUCAAGAUGCAAGUACUGAGCUUUAACGGAUUUCAAUUUACAGAAGCAAGACAUCCAAUUCUGUUGUUGAGGAGAAAACCAACUACACACCCAGCUAUGAAUGGACACAUAUGUGUAGCAAACCGAAAUCGGUACCAUCGCUGAGCAGUGCCCAAGAAAAUGUCCAGGAGCACGUAACACUAUUCCUUAUUAUUGAUUUCCAUGAUAUCAAUAUUGGAUAUGGAUCACGGGAUCUCAUGUUGAAGGCGAGGGGGAGGAGAACACCCAAUCCGUUAGAAAGCUGAAAAAAGAAAUGACCGUCGAAGAAAGGCACUUAAUCCGUGCCCAAAAGCUACAACUCAUCGAAUCGGACUUUUAUAAGCAUGCCAGCAUUAAUGAAACGGCGCGGACGCUAGAUCUUGAUCUCGAUGUCGUUGUUGAUCAAAUUUUCAACUUUUGGGUUCUUAAACGAAAGUCCAACCGAGACAGACCAUUGCUACCGCCCAAAACCACUGAAACGGAAAGAUUAAGUCAGCAACAACAGCAAGAUAUGGAACGUAUGAAAUUGUUUGUACAGCUACGACAAGACCUAGAGAGGGUUCGAAAUUUGUGUUACAUGGUCAGCCGAAGAGAGAAAUUAUCACGAUCGUAUUUUCGAUUGCGAGAACAAACCUUCCACAAGCAACAGCGAUUUUGUCUCUGUCUGAUCUACAAAAAACUAUCACCCCAGCAGAACUGACGCCAAUCAUGGCUCCAAUGUCUAUGACCUUGUAUAUUUACGUGGGGAAACGAUCCAAAAAGAAGGCUUUGAACAAGUCAUUCAACUCAUAGCAGGCGUACAGUCGAACAUCCC